CGUGAAUUAGCAUCAUUUGCAUUUCAUGAAAACACUUCAAGAAUCAUGUCCAUCAAAUAUCUCACGCAACGUGCAGCACAAGCGAUCGAUGUUGAACUGAUGUCCCCAACAGGGGGUGGGUUCAGCUUUGAGCAAUUGGUAGAACUUGCUGGCUUUAGUGUAGCUCAAGCCAUCACAAAAGAGUUUAGCAAGGACAAGUAUGGGCGGGUUGUCGUUUUUUCUGGCCCAGGGAACAAUGGUCUCGAUGGCAUGGUAGCUGCUCGGCACCUGCAUCACUUUGGGUAUCAGCCCAAAGUUUACUAUCCAAAGCGUCCUGAUAAACCUGCGUGUAAGAAUAUUAUGAGGCAAUGCACUGAGCUAGACAUCCCAUUUGUCGAUACUCCAGAGGAUGGGUUGUAUGAGAGUGAUUUAGUUGUGGAUGCUAUAUUCGGGUUUAGCUUCAAGGGCGAGGUCAGGCAGCCCUUUGAUACUGCUAUUAAAGCUCUUGAAAAGACACGGCUUCCGAUUGUGUCUGUUGACAUUCCUUCCGCUUGGGACGUUGAAAAAGGCAAUCUGAGUACUCCGGGAAUUCAGCCUACCAUGCUCGUUUCGCUGACAGCACCAAAGGAAGGCGCAAAGGACUUUCAAGGACCUUUUCAUUAUCUUGGUGGGCGAUUCAUUUCCAAGAAAAUGGAGAAAAAAUGGGAAUUGAAUUUACCUCCCUUCCCUGGAACAGAUCAAUGUGUAAAGUUGAACGAAAGCCCUAUCUCCACAGGUGCAAAAGUCGAUCAUCCAGAGAAGAAACAGGGGGAUGUGGCUAAAAAGAUGGAUCAACAUUUCAUGGACAAUGUGGUAUCUCAAGCCUUUGCAUGAUUCUGUUUAUUAUGACCCAGCUUUUUCUUAUUAUUAUUGUUAAAAAGCACUUUUCUCUUAUACGGCCUUUUUGUUCUUCCUUUUUUGUUUUGCUUGCUGAAUAUCGAGUAUAGUAGAUUUUAAGGGACCAAGUAAAGUAGGGAUUUUCAGGGGAAUCGGAUUUAAAUGCGAAAAUAAAAUGGUAGAAUCUCACUACCGCUGGGGAAU